AUGGCCAUUGAUCCAGGCUGGCUGGUGGUUUUUGGGAAGCGGGCUGUGCCUUCUGCCUCCGUGCAGAGCUGCUCCCGGAUCAAGAUCCAGGCUCCAGUGUCGGAUCCGUGGCCUAAGGAGAAGCUGGAGCAGCAGGAGGAGAUGGGAGCGCCGGUCUCCAGCUCUCUCUCCAGCUCCAUCGGGAUGGACAGAGCUGGAAAUGAAGCACAGAGGCCUGGAGCAAGCGCCGGGGUUCAGCCACUGGAGCCUGGGGAAGCAGCGGGGCCUGAGCCCGGCGGUGCCCCCGGAACGGGGCAGGGAAGGGAGCGGGGUGGGACGGGGGGACAGCGGGGGACAGAAGGCUCGGAGUGGGGAAGGGGAGCCCAGAACUGUGAGCGGGACGGACCCCUCGGGGCGGGAGCGCAGCGCGGGCUCAGGGCGCCCCUCACCGUCCGCACCGCACCGCGCAUCACCGCGCAUCCCGGGACGGAGCGGGACCGCACCGCGCAUCCCGGGACGGAGCGGGACCGCACCGCGCAUCCCGGGACGGAGCGGGACCGCACCGCGCAUCCCGGGACAGAGCGGGACCGCACCGCGCAUCCCGGGACAGAGCGGGACCGCACCGCGCAUCACCGCGCAUCCCGGGAUGGAGUGGGACCGCACCGCGCAUCCCGGGACAGAGCGGGACCGCACCGCGCAUCCCGGGACAGAGCGGGACCGCACCGCGCAUCCCGGGACAGAGCGGGACCGCACCGCGCAUCCCGGCACGGAGCGGGACAAAAAGGAACCGCAGCGGCCACACGGCGCAUCCCGGGACAGAGCGGGGUGCGCCGCCCAACGCGGUUCCAUGUCAGCCGCACCGCUCCGCGCGUCCCGGGCGAGAGCGGCUCAGAUUCCCCAUCCCGGCUCCAUGAGGGUCAGAGCGCUCCGCACAUCCCGGCUCGGCAGCGCGGCUCCCAGCGCUCCGCGCAUCCCGGAGCACCGCGGCUCUCCCCGCGCAUCCCUCCUUGGCAGCGCCCGCAGCCGUGCGCGCCCGGCGGCGGUGGCGGAGCCGCGGGACCACGGGGGGCGGCGGCGGAGCACAACGUGACGGCCCCGCCGCCGCCACUCGCGCCCGCUCCCCCGCGCUCGCACAGCAGCGCACCCGCACCCAGCGCGGCCGCGGGAGCCCCGCGCCGCCCCCGCCAUGGGCCCGGCCGCCGCCCCGCAGCCGCGCUGAGAGGAGGGGGCCGCUCCCCGGAGCGCCACAGCCGGAGCCUCCCCGCGGCCCCGCGCCCGCCCCCGCCCCGCGCCGCCCCCGCCUCCCCCCUCGCUCCGCUCCGCUCCGCGCCGCGCGGGGGGCUCCGCGCACCAUGCGGGGGCCGCGGCGCCGCGGUGGCAUCUGAUGGCCGCGGGGCGCAGGCGGCUGCGGCGGCCCCGCGCGGCGCUCGGCGGCCCCGGGAGGCGGCGGCGGCGGCGGCCGGAGCCCUGAGGGGGCCGCGGCCCGGAGGGGGAGGAGGAGGAGGAGGACCGGCGCGGUGCCCGCCGCCUGCCCCCGCCGCCCUGCCUGCGCGGGCGUGCGCGGCUCGGCCGCAGCGGAGCGCGGGGCUCCGGCGGGCGCUGCGCUGCCCCCCCCCGCCCCGCCGGGCUGGAUAUGUGGAUGCUCACGUGAAGAUGGAUGUAGCGAUCGGGCUGCUGGGGCUGCUGACGGUUCUGCUGGAGGGCAGCUCCGGCCAAGGGGUGUACGCCCCUCCCACGGUGCGGAUCGUGCACUCGGGCCUGGCCUGCAACAUCGAGGAGGAGCGCUACUCCGAGAGGGUCUACACCAUCCGCGAGGGAGAGACCCUGGAGCUCACCUGCCUGGUCACCGGCCACCCCCGGCCACAGAUCAGGUGGACCAAAACAGCAGGAAGUGCCUCUGACAGAUUCCAAGAUUCCAGUGUCUUCAACGAAACCCUGAGGAUUUCCAACAUCCAGAGACACCAGGGAGGCCGCUACUACUGCAAGGCCGAGAACGGCCUGGGCUCCCCGGCCAUCAAAUCCAUCCGAGUGGACGUGUACUAUUUGGAUGAUCCCAUAGUCACGGUCCACCAGAGCAUCGGGGAGGCCAAGGAGCAGUUUUAUUAUGAGAAGACCGUGUUCCUCAGGUGCGUGGCCAACUCCAACCCGCCCGUGCGCUACAGCUGGCGCCGGGGCCAGGAGGUGCUGCUGCAGGGCUCCGACAAGGGAGUGGAGAUCUACGAGCCCUUCUUUACCCAGGGAGAAACAAAGAUCCUGAAGCUGAAGAACCUGCGACCUCAGGACUACGCCAACUACAGCUGCAUCGCCUCCGUGCGGAAUGUCUGCAGCAUCCCGGAUAAAAUGGUGUCCUUCCGCCUCUCCAACAAAACUGCAUCCCCUUCCAUCAAGCUCCUCGUCGACGACCCCAUCGUGGUGAACCCUGGCGAAGCCAUCACCUUGGUGUGUGUGACCACCGGGGGGGAGCCAGCACCCAGCCUGACGUGGGUGAGGUCUGCGGGGGUCCUGCCCGACAAGACCGUCCUGAAUGGGGGCACUCUGACCAUUCCCGCCAUCACCUCCGAGGAUUCCGGCACCUACAGUUGCAUCGCCAACAACAACGUCGGCAAUCCCGCGAAAAAGUCCACCAACAUCAUCGUAAGAGCCUUAAAAAAAGGACGCUUUUGGAUCACCCCUGACCCGUACCACAAAGACGACAACAUCCAGAUCGGGCGGGAGGUGAAGAUCUCGUGCCAGGUGGAGGCCAUCCCCUCGGAGGAGCUCACCUUCAGCUGGUUCAAGAACGGGCGGCCCCUGCGCAGCUCGGAGAGGAUGGUGAUCACCCAGACCGACCCCGACGUCUCCCCCGGCACCACCAACCUGGACAUCAUCGACCUCAAGUUCACGGAUUUCGGGACCUACACGUGCGUGGCGUCCCUCAAGGGAGGCGGCAUCUCGGACAUCAGCAUCGAUGUCAACAUCUCCAGCAGCACAGUGCCCCCCAACCUGACGGUCCCGCAGGAGAAGUCCCCGCUGGUGACGCGGGAAGGGGACACCAUCGAGCUGCAGUGCCAGGUGACCGGGAAGCCCAAACCCAUCAUCCUGUGGUCACGGGCCGACAAGGAGGUGCCGAUGCCGGACGGGGCCCUGCAGACGGAGAGCUACGACGGGAUCCUGCGGAUCGUCAACGUUUCCCGGGAGAUGAGCGGGACCUACAGGUGCCAGACCAGCCAAUACAACGGGUUUAACGUCAAACCCAGAGAGGCGUUGGUGCAGCUCAUUGUGCAGUACCCCCCGGCCGUGGAGCCGGCGUUCCUGGAGCUGCGGCAGGGCCAGGGCCGCGGCGUCACCAUGAGCUGCCGGGUGCUCCGGGCGUAUCCCACGCGGGUGCUGAGCUACGAGUGGCGCCUGGGCAGCCGCGUGCUGCGCACGGGCCAGUUCGACCUGCAGGACUCCACGGAAUACACCGUCAGCAGCCUCUCCCGCGACUCCUACGGCAUCUACAACUGCAACAUCAUCAACGAGGCGGGCGCCGGCCGCUGCAGCUUCCUCGUCACAGGAAAAGCCUACGCCCCGGAAUUCUACUACGACACCUACAACCCGCUGUGGCAGAACCGGCCGCGGGUCUAUUCCUACAGCCUGCAGUGGACACAGAUGAAUCCCAACGCCGUGGAUCGGAUCCUGGCCUAUCGCCUGGGAAUCCGCCAGGCCGGGCAGCAGCGCUGGUGGGAGCAGGAGAUCACGGUCAACGGGAACAUCCAGAAGGGGGAAUUGAUCACCUACAACCUGACGGAGCUGAUCAAGCCCGAGGCCUACGAGGUGCGCCUGACGCCCAUCACCCGCUUCGGGGAGGGCGACUCCACCAUCCGGGUCAUCAAGUACAGCGCUCCGGUGAAUCCCCACCUCCGAGAGUUCCACUGUGGCUUUGAGGAUGGGAACAUUUGCCUUUUCACUCAAGACGACACCGACAACUUUGACUGGACUAAACAAAGCACUGCCACGAGGGACACGAAGUACACCCCCAACACGGGGCCCAACGCCGACCGCACCGGCUCCAAGGAGGGUUUCUACAUGUACAUCGAGACGUCCCGUCCCAGGCUGGAGGGGGAGAAGGCCAGACUCGUCAGUCCCGUUUUCAGCGUCGCUCCCAAAAAUCCCUACGGAGCCACCAACACGGCCUAUUGCUUCAGCUUCUACUAUCACAUGUAUGGACAGCACAUAGGAAGUUUGAACGUUUACCUGCGGCUCAAAGGUCAGACUGCCAUAGAAAACCCCUUGUGGUCUUCGAGUGGGAAUAAGGGACAGCACUGGAACCAAGCCCGGGUGAACAUCAACCCCCCCACCUCAUUCCAGCUCAUCUUUGAAGGAAUCCGUGGCCCUGGAAUCGAAGGGGACAUUGCUAUUGACGAUGUGUCCAUUGUGGAAGGAGAGUGUAUGAAAUCAGACCAACCGGCCAACAAUCUACGAUCAGGUGCUGUUGGGCCAUUAGCGCAUAUACGACUUCUCCCGCUCCUCAUCCUCAUGUCUGUCUUAAGUCAUCAGAGGUGACCUUAUCCUGGCAGAGGCUACAAAAGAUUCACCAGGCACUGGCAUGAAGAAAGAGUCUUUGUAAAAUGGACAUUUCCAAACAAACUACCAAAGAUUCCUCCACUGACUGACUCGAAAGUUAAAUAAACGCGUAAAUAAAUAAGUAAAAAAGGAAAAAAAAAAAAAUAAAAAAAAAAGAA